AUGUCUAAAGAAGAAGAAGUGAGAAUUGCUCUUGUUUCCUCACCAGAGGCAUUUCAGAAAGUCAUGUCGGUUCGGAGACAAGUCUUUGUGGAGGAGCAACACAUUGAUGCCUCUUCGGAAUUUGAUGAAAAUGAUUCAACGUUUUCCGAACAAUUAAAUUCAUCCUUGUAUCGGGAUGAUGUUCAACAAACAAAUUCAAUGAUGAGAUAUUAUCUGGCUGAAUUGGUGCCAAUUAAUCAUGAUGGUCAUGAUGAUGGUGGUGGUCAUGAUGAUGAAUCAAACUUGUCAAGAAGUUCAUCAAAGAUUGGAGGUACUUGUAGAGUCCGAAAGACAGGACCAAACGCUUGGAAGAUGGAAAGGUUUGCCGUUCUCAAGGAUUUACGUGGCUUUGGCAUUGGUCGGAAAUUAUUGAGAUUUGUGUUAUUGGAUUUGAGUACUAGGAAUCAAGAACAACAACAACAAGAAAGCAAACCACCAAAAAUCUACCUCCAUGCACAACUGUCUGCUGUGCCAUUCUAUCAGAAAUGCAUUUUCCAAGAGGAGAGACUAAAAGGAAGAUUUUUGAUUGUGGGAGAGCCUUUCGAGGAAGCUUUUAUCCCUCAUUGCAAAAUGGAAUGGCAAUGGGAAUGA